CUAAUUAUCUGACAGUGUCCUGCUUCCAUCCAGUGUAAAAACACAGCUUGUCAUCAGGACUAAUGGAGGCAACGGGAGUUUGUGAGCUCGAUGUGGCGACCAGAAGAAUAGUGGGGGGCAGCGACUCUCCCCCCGACCUGGACAGCCCAUGUCAGGAGGAGGUGGCGGCAGCGUUUGGUUUGGGCCUGUGCUGUGCUGAGGAGGAGAGGGGGGAGACUCCAGGCAGAGAGGACAGCCCCAGCGACCUGGGAGAGACGGAGCUGGACCCCGGGGGAGACCUGAAGAGCGGGGAGGACAAGGCGUUUGGGAAGGAGGUUGUUCUUCUGAUGCAGGCCCUGAAUUCCCUCGCCACUCCUGAGGAGAAACUAGCUGCUUUGUGCAAGAAGUAUGCAGACCUGUUGGAGGAGAGCCGCUGCCAGCAGAAGCGUCUUAAAGUGGUGCAGAAGAAACAGUCUCAGAUAGUGAAGGAGAAGAUCCACCUGCAGGGGGAGCACAGCAAGGCCAUCCUGGCCCGCAGCAAGCUGGAGAGCCUCUGCAGGGAGCUGCAGAGGCACAACAAGACCCUGAAGGACGAGAACGCCCAGCGGUCCAGGGAGUAUGAGGAGCAGAGGAAGGAGGCCAUGCUGCACUUCCAGAUGACGCUGAGCGACAUCGAGGUGCAGAUGGAGCAGCACAGCUCCCACAACACCAAGCUGAGGCAGGAGAACAUGGAUUUGGCUGAGAAGCUGAAAAAGCUCAUCGAGCAGUAUGAGCUCAGAGAAGAGCACAUAGACAAGGUGUUCAAACACAAGGAGCUGCAGCAGCAGCUGAUGGACGCCAAGCUGCAGAGAAUCACGGAGAUGAUGAGAGAGGUGGAGGACAAGCAGCAGAGGGAGAGAGACUUUCUGCUGCAAGACGCCACAGAGUCCAGACGCAAGUGUGAGCUGAUGAAGGAGCAGGAAACCCAGCUCAAACAACAGCUCUCCCUGUACAUGGACAAGUUUGAGGAGUUUCAGAGCACUCUGGCUAAAAGCAACGAAGUGUUCACCACCUUCAGACAAGAGAUGGAGAAGAUGACCAAGAAGAUCAAGAAACUGGAGAAGGAGACGACACAGUGGAGGACCAAAUGGGAGAGCAACAACCAGGCUCUGCUGCAGAUGGCUGAGGAGAAAACUCUGCGUGACGGACACUUCAAAGCGCUGCAGGGGAAGCUGGAGCUGCUGGAGCGGCUGUGCAGAGCGCUGCAGAAGGAGAGGAACGACCUGAACAACCAGCUGAGCCUCCUGCAGGAGACCCCCAAGACCACGCAGACCCCCGAGACCCCCGAAGCCCUGCCACGGGAGCCCUUCGUCUGUGAGGAGGCUGACGAGGAAGAGGGGGGGGGGGAGGGGGAGGCACAGGGGCUGGAGACGGAGGGCAUCCACGAGGCUCCCAGAUCCCCUGAAGUGGACCCCACACCGGCUGCUACUCACACAACCACUGCUGCUGCUCCACCCAGCAGCCAGCCUGCACAGCCCCCCUCCCCCCAGGACUGACCCGCCUUUAGGCCUGUGUGUAGGUGAGGGGUUGGGCCUGUAAAGCAAAUUCAUGGGGUUAGAUUUAUUUUUCUUUAUUUUAUUUGUAUUCUAGACUCUCCUGGUUUCCCCAUAUAUAUUUAGUUGGCUAGUUAAAUGAUUGUAAAACAAAUGUUUUGUCAUAAGGGAAGAUGUAGGCUAACAUGGGAUGUGGGGAACUCAAACGAAUGAUACAGAAGAAGACAUGUUGUUGUUGUUGUUGUUGUUGUGAUGCCCACUGAAGAAACAACUAAAGCAAUAUAAAGAGAUUUUUGUGAUGGAAGAAACUCAUUUGAUUUCCAUAUGGUCAGCUCAGCAGGCUGUACAGAAAGGUGCCAUCAUGUGUCCUCUGGCAGGUCAAAUACAGUUGAUCAUGUUUGAUCCCCUACCCUAUACAUCACAAAGCAGCUCCUCUAUCUGAUAACCUCUUACCGGCUCCAUCUCCAUUGAGAAUCACUCUUUUCUUGUGGAUAGAAUGAUCCAGGAAUGUGGCCAUUUGUUCCUCUUCAUGAUAUCAUACACCUCCAUUUCAAUGUGUGGUUUCCUAACCUUCUCCUUUGGAGUUGUAGUCAGUGAGAAUCAGGUUUUUGCUCCUCACCAUAAUCUUCCUUAAACGAGAACAAAGGCAUAAGUCACUGUGUAGUUUGCUCUGAGCCUUGCAGUCCCAUUGAUUAUUAUCUGACCCCCCCACCCCUACUUUCCCCCCAUGUGUGGAUUUCAAAACCAAGGUGGUUUGUGUAAUUAGUGUUGGUGUAGGAUGGGGGAAGACUUUUCAGUCCAAUUGAAUCAUUUGCUCUUGCGUUGCCGCAGACUGACUCAGGUAAUGUCAGAAUCUACCUCUGCAGGUGAGGCUGAAGGGGAGGACGAGUCACCACAACUUUGGAGAGCUCUAUUUCUGUUGGGGGACAAAAAGAGAUUUGCCCACACCCCCUCUUUGAUUGUACAAUGUUCUUAAAGUCCUGUCUUGAUUUUCAAUAAACUUUUUGUAGAAUUUGCAAAAACGUU